AUGGCGAUUUGUGACACAUGCUUGUCACUCUUAUUUUAGUUGUGACACUGUCCGGAAUCCUUGUGCAGGUGGUUUUUCAGGCUGACACUAUGACAUCCACCAACAUUUAGAUACACAGCCACGCAUGCUUGUGACUGCUCAUCCCAUCCUGCGGACACCUAGUCCCCCAAACAAUGGACUGCGUUGUGACAGGAAGCAAUGUAAAAGUGCUGGCAAAAGCUGUCCACUCGCUGUCCCGCCUGGGGGACGAGCUGUACCUGGAGCCACAGGAGAAUGGGCUGGCCCUACGCACGGUGAACUCAUCACGCUCAGCGUACGCCUGCUUCCUGUUCUCUCCGCUCUUCUUCCAGAAGUAUUGCUUUCCUCAGAACUCAGUUCUUCGCUGCAAGAUAGUCGCCAAGUCUGUGCAGGCUGUAUUCAAGUCCCUCUCCUCUCUGGAGAAAACGGUGGAGAAGUGCCGCAUUGAACUCAACAGCGAGAAGAGUCGUUUGACCUUUACUCUACACUGCAAACAUGGCUUGCUGAAGACGCACAACCUGUCCUUCCAGGACAGCGAAAGCCUGCAGGCUGUCUUCGAUAAGGACAGCUGUACCAACGUACUUACAGCUCAGCCCAAGUUGCUGGUGGACACUGUGCUGCAUUUUCCUCCCUCCUUGGAAGAAGUGACCAUGUCAGUGAAUAAUGAAAGAGUGUUGUUCAGAAACCAUGUGGAGGAAGACACAGAGCUGUCCAAGGCCAUGAUGACCGAGCUUUGUCUCAGUGCAGUGGAGUUUGACCAGUUCACUGUGGACACACAAACAGAAAUCACAUUCUGUCUUAAGGAGCUAAGGGGCCUGUUGGUUUUUGCAGAGUCUUCCAGUCUCCCUGUCUCAGUGUACUUUGAUGAGCCUGGCAGGCCUGUGGUGUUCAGUCUGACAGACAGUGUCUUGGAGGUGAACUUUGUUUUGGCCACUCUGUCUGAAGAGUUUCACCCACAUAACUGCAGCAACAGCAACACAAACCGACUCCCAGCCCCACCUGCUCCUGACGACUUCAUGAACGAUGACAUGGACUCGUACAUCAUUGCCAUGGAGACUAGUGAGGUUGCUGGAGACUCCAGUUGUCCACUUCCCCCCCAGGAUCCUUUGAUUCCCCAACAGUCCAAAUCUAAUGAAGAGCAGCACAAAUUUAGGGUUGAAAGUGAGAGUGAGGAUGAAGAUGAGCAGCAGGAGGAAGAGCAGGAGACAGUGGAGGAGAAUGGCAGACCUCCCAACAAAAAGUUCCGCUCCCUCUUUUUUGGGUCAGUGCUGCCAUCAUCCUCCCAGAUGUCCAAUAAAACUGUCCGGAGCCAGAAGAUCCUGGCCAGUGACAGCGAAGAUGAAACAGCACUUGACUCACCAUAAAGUCAGUCGGCCCACAAUGAUUCAGGAUCAGCAAGAAAAGGAAAAUGACUGGUGAAGGAUGUUUUCUCUUUUCUGGUGGACACACUGCUGCAUGAGAGAGUAAAUCCAGCAGUUUACCCUGACUUCAAUGCAAAAGUAAUACUGCUGCCAAUUCAGAGACCAACCCAAAGGGACAGAUUGAUCAUGUGGGCACGUUUGUAAUGAUUUCUUUUGUAUCACAAAGGCCAGAAGUUAUUACUGUAAAGAUGACUGUAAUGAUCUGUGGAAAUAAUGGAAAGAAAUAAAACACCCACACUUCUUUUUGAAACA